CAAGGGAGAAAAAAGGGGGCACAUAAACAAAGCGCACUCGCGUGACUCGUCACCGUCCACUUCCCUUUCCCUUUCGUUCUUACGCUCGCAGAGCCGGUGACUGAAUUUUAAAACAACCGCCUGUUGUUUUAGACUUGUCUCCGUCAUCAUCCUCAAAAUUCCUGUUUCGAUUCGAUUCUGCGUGAAUUGGGGCUCGCUAUCGAGGUUUAGGCGAAAAUUGAUGACCUCUUUCAGUGGAUUUGCUGUGAAUAACAAGCAAAAGGUGUGCUGUCAGUAAGAUUUUUGGAACAUAGAUGGAGGCACGCCCUGCUAUGUCCAUCCGGACAUCAGCUGCAAAGCAGCUUACUCAUAUGGGGGUCUCUGCAGCAAUGUCUUCAUCCUUACCAGUCCUUCCAACCUCUUUGGAAGAGACAUAUCCCAAGUUGCCAGACUCCCAACAGGUUUCCAUGGAAAGAGAACUUAUGUCAAGGCCUAUUGGGCAUGCUGGUCACUUAACCUCCAACAGUGGAGUAGUUGGUCACCUAUUUUCAUCAUCAUCAGGAUUCUCAACAGAUCUUCACUACUCGUCUCUUUCACCUCAUGAAAAACAGUCAAAAAACUCUCCUUUCAUUUCUCAGAGUUCUGCAGCUUUGCCGUUACCUCAUUCUCCUCAUUCAGGAUUUCUUCAGUCAACAGAAUCUUGUCCUUAUCCCAAAGAAAACAGUGGUUCCUGGUGUACAGAUUCACUGCCAGGUUUCCUUCAUUUUCCUGUCAAUAGCCAUGUCAAGAAUAGUCAAAUAGAGAGCAGUAGUUGCACUGGGAUAAUGACUGCUGAUGAAUUUGUUAAGCGACAUGAUUGGCAGGAUUGGGCAGAUCAGCUAAUUACUGAUGAUGAUGCUUUAACUUCUAACUGGAAUGAGCUUCUUGAUGACAAUAACUUAACAGAUCUGGAACAAAAGAUGAAAUACCAGGCUCCCCAACCGUCUUCAACUUUUUCGGCUGAGCAGUCCCAAUUUCAUCAGCAACAACCUGCUUCAUCUGGGGAAAUCAUUCCUGCUCCAUCUAGGGAAAUCAUUUCUGUUCCUGCUACUUCCUCAGCUAAUAGUGCCUCUGCCAAGGCGCGCAUGCGUUGGACACCUGAACUUCAUGAGGCCUUUGUGGAGGCUGUUAACCAACUUGGUGGUAGUGAAAGAGCAACUCCUAAGGGUGUGCUAAAGCUCAUGAAAGUUGAAGGCUUGACUAUCUAUCAUGUGAAAAGUCACUUGCAGAAAUAUAGGACUGCUAGAUACAUACCAGAGUCAUCCGAAGGUGCCUCGGAGAAGAAAUUGACUUCAAUUGAAGAAAUGACGUCUCUUGACUUGAAAACUGGUAUCGAGAUCACUGAAGCUCUGCGACUGCAGAUGGAAGUUCAGAAGCGACUGCACGAACAGCUUGAGAUUCAAAGAAAUCUGCAGUUACGAAUAGAAGAACAAGGGAAGUAUCUUCAAAUGAUGUUUGAGAAGCAAUGCAAGUCGGGUAUUGACACGCUGAAGCCAUCAUCAUCCAAUUUGGACGACCCCUCCCCUCAGCCUUCAGAUGCAAUGCAAGUUUGUCCAGACAAAAGUGAACUGGAUUCCUCCAAGUUGGACCAGGGCGAGACUGAAACUGAUCUGGUUAAAGCCAACUCCGCAUCAUCAGGUGGUUCACAGGAACCAGAAGGGAAGCAGAAGUCGCCUGAAGCGGAAGCUCUUUCUGAGAAUCCGGAGCCAGAUGGUGGUGUCUCCAGUCCCCAACCUCCAAAGCGUGCCAAAAUCAAAGAAUAGGUCACAUAUCAUCGUUAAAUCUCCAUUAGACCUUUUGAAAGAGCUUCUGUGAUUUUACGAUGGGCACUGAAAUAUUGUGAAUGCAGUUUUUUUUUUAGUAGUUGAUAAUUUGUAGCUAAUUAUUAGCCAAGUUUUGAUACUAAUUAUUCUCAAAACUUCAAUCGCAACUUCUAAAUUUGCUGUUAAUAACAAUAAUUUCUUAUGCAGACAAAUUUCCGAGCC